ACGAAAUGCGGGAGAAUUAUUUGGGAGUGGUUGGGCCCGUGUAUUCACGGGCACACGUCAUUUCGCUUGCGAAUCUGAGGUUAAGGUUUGUGUCACCUGAAACGAUGCGAAAAGUUUUUUAUUGUCAAUUGCAUUCGAAAUUUGGCAAAUGAGUCCGGUAGUUUCGAUGGCCUAACUGUAUAUGCUACGUGUCAUUCGUUAUGCAAUGAUCAAAUACCAUCUGCUGACAUCAGCCGCGUUGUGUUUGAUAAGACGUGUCAGUCUGCUCCGAAUUAUCAACCAUAGAGGUUAGUCACGUACACUGCACUCGUCAGUACUUUAUUCACUUCUGGUGCUCCUGCGUAUGCUUGAUAAUCUGAGCGCAAUAUCGUUAGUUCAAUUCGAGAAAGAUAUAACACCAAGCCUAGAAGAUAUGGCGAGUAAAUGGAAUGUACUGGUGACGGGCGGUGCUGGUUACAUUGGUUCUCACACAGUACUGGAUCUCCUAAAAGAAAAUUUUGAGGUGGUGGUUAUUGAUAAUCUCGUUAAUGCAUACAAAGGAGAUAAAGCGGAUAAACCGGAAUGUAUUUUACGGGUUGAAAAACUCGCCAAGAAGAAUAUAAUCUUUGAAGAGUGUGAUAUUACUGAUAAACCAGCUCUAGAGGGUAUUUUUAAAAGACAUAAAUUCCAAUGUGUCAUUCACUUCGCGGCGUUGAAAGCCGUUGGAGAGUCAUGCGAAAAACCACUGGAAUAUUACAAAACCAAUGUUGGAGGGACGAUCAAUUUGUUGGAAGUGAUGAGAGAUCAUGGGGUUAAAAAUUUCAUCUACUCGAGCAGUGCAACUGUUUAUGGGGUGCCAAAGAAACUUCCAUUGACUGAAGACAUGGAGACUGGACACUGCACCAAUCCCUAUGGCAAGACCAAGUUUAUGGUUGAAGAGAUUCUGAAGGAUCUGUGCCAAUCCGAUAAAAGCUGGUCAGUCAUAUCAUUGAGAUAUUUCAAUCCUGUUGGCGCUCACCCGUCCGGGGAAAUAGGUGAGGACCCUAAUGGAAUCCCAAAUAACCUGAUGCCGUUCAUCGCUCAAGUGGCCGUUGGCAAACGCGAGAUGCUGACAGUUUACGGCAACGAUUAUGACACGCCGGAUGGAACUGGCGUUAGAGAUUAUAUCCACAUUAUGGAUCUGGCGAAUGGUCACGUGAAAGCUAUCAUUAAUCAAAGUACGAGUGAUUCCAAAGGUUUCAAAGCCGUCAACUUGGGGACUGGCAAGGGUUUUUCAGUUUUAGAAAUGAUCAGUGCAUUCGAGAAAGCCUCGGGCAAAAAAAUACCAUUCAAGAUUGCUGAACGCAGAGCUGGAGACAUUGCAUCUAGCUAUGCGGAUGCAUCGAUAGCCAAUAAAGAGUUCAAAUGGUUUGCCACAAAAAAUAUCGAUGACAUGUGUGCUGAUACGUGGAAUUGGCAGCAACGUAAUCCACAGGGUUUUAAAUCGGCGUGAAGUGUGUCUAUUCUUCAGUGAGGAAGGGAGAGCAUUUUACUAGAGAAAAUUAUGAAAUUUUAGCUAAAUGGAUCACUCGAGGCGGGGCCUCUAAUCUAUAUAGAUCAAUUCAAUGAAUCGACGUGUAUUUGAAUAAACUCAUAGCAUGCGUGUGUGUAUAAUGAUAAAUGUGGGUGAAAGACAUUUGGAUAUUUGUACAGCCUGAGGAAAUUUACGUUUCCAUGAAUUUUUCUGCCUCAAUAAAGUUCAAUCUAGAAAUAUA